AUGGCGACGGCGCGGUUGGCCUGGGCCCUACGGGCUACUUCUGCGGGAGGAAGGCUGCGCGGUCCCCGAGGCACCGGGGGCGCCCGGAGACUGAGCGGCAGCGCGCGACGGCGGGCGUCCAGGGGCGCCAGCCCGGGACGCCGGCUCAGCACCGCCUGGGCGCCGGCCCAGCCCGCACGAGAAGGGACGGAGGGCGCCGAGGACGACAGCCACUCGCCUGCCACGGAGGUGCCGGAGUGGACGCCCCCCGCGCCCCCGGUCCCCCCCGAGCCCCCGGGCGGCCGCUCGCUGGUGCAGCGGGACAUCCAGGCCUUUCUGAACCAGUGCGGAGCCAGCCCCGGGGAGGCGCGCCACUGGCUCACGCAGUUCCAAACCUGCUACCACUCAGCCGACAAGCCCUUCGCCGUCAUCGAGGUGGACGAGGAGGUACUCAAAUGCAGUCAGGGCGUAUCCAGCUUGGCCUUCGCCCUGGCGUUCCUGCAGCGCAUGGACAUGAAGCCGCUGGUAGUCCUCGGGCUGCCGGCUCCCACAGCGCCCUCCGGGUGCCUUUCCUUCUGGGAGGCCAAGGCACAGCUUGCCCAGAACUGCAAGGUGCUGGUGGAUGAGCUGCGGCACAACGCUGCCACUGCCGUACCUUUUUUUGGCGGCGGCUCAGUGCUGGGUGCUGCUGAGCCAGCCCCUCACGCCAGCUACGGUGGUGUCGUCUCGGUGGAGACCGACCUGCUACAGUGGUGUCUGGAGUCCGGCAGCAUCCCCAUCCUGUGCCCCAUCGGGGAGACCACCGCACGCCGCUCUGUGCUCCUUGACUCGCUGGAGGUGACCGCGGCUCUAGCCAAGGCGUUACAGCCCACCAAGAUCAUCUUCCUCAAUAACACAGGAGGCCUGCACGACAGCAGUCAAAAGGUCCUGAGUAACGUGAACCUGCCCGCCGAUCUGGACCUGGUGACCAACGCCGAGUGGGUGAGCACCAAGGAACGACAGCAGAUGCGGCUCAUCGUGGACGUGCUCAGCCGCCUGCCGCACCACUCCUCGGCCGUCAUCACCGCCGCCAGCACGCUGCUCACCGAGCUCUUCAGCAACAAGGGGUCCGGUACCUUGUUCAAGAACGCCGAGCGGAUGCUGCGGGUGCACAGCCUGGACAGCCUGGACCAGGGCCGCCUGGUGAACCUGGUCAACGCCAGCUUCGGCAAGACGCUCCGGGAUGACUACUUGGCCUCGCUGCGCCCCCGGCUGCACUCUGUCUACGUCUCUGAGGGGUACAACGCGGCCGCCAUUCUGACCACGGAGCCCGUACUGGGGGGCACCCCGUAUCUAGACAAGUUUGUCGUGAGCUCCAGCCGCCAGGGCCAAGGCUCCGGCCAGAUGCUGUGGGAGUGCCUGCGGCGGGACCUGCAGACGCUGUUCUGGCGCUCCCGGGUCACCAACCCCAUCAAUCCCUGGUACUUCAAACACAGUGAUGGCAGCUUCUCCAACAAGCAGUGGAUCUUCUUCUGGUUUGGCCUGGCCGAUAUCCGGGACUCUUACGAGCUGGUUAAUCAUGCCAAGGGGCUGCCGGACUCCUUCCACAAGCCAGCUUCUGACCCAGGCAGCUGACCCUCACCGCCCGCCCUGCAGGCCCUGGACAACGGGGGUGAACCAAAAGCCAUGCCUGCUGGAGGUGAUCCCAGGCAGCCACAGGCUGGA